AGCCCAAGUGGGAAGAAAUUCCGGAGCAAGCCGCAGCUGGCACGUUACCUGGGCAGCUCCAUGGACCUGGGAACCUUUGACUUCCGCACAGGAAAGAUGCUGAUGAAUAAAAUGAACAAGAACAGGCAGAGAAUGCGCUACGACUGCUCCAACCAAGCCAAGGGCAAGCCUGACCUGAACACGGCCCUGCCCGUGCGGCAGACAGCUUCCAUCUUCAAGCAGCCUGUGACAAAGAUCACCAACCACCCCAGCAACAAGGUCAAGAGUGACCCCCAGAAGGCUGUGGAGCAGCCCCGGCAGCUCUUCUGGGAGAAGAAACUGAGUGGCCUGAAUGCCUUUGACAUCGCAGAGGAGCUGGUGAAGACUAUGGACCUCCCCAAAGGGUUGCAAGGGGUCGGCCCUGGGUGCACAGAUGAGACUCUGCUCUCUGCCAUUGCCAGUGCCCUGCACACCAGCACCAUGCCCAUCACUGGGCAGCUCUCUGCAGCUGUGGAGAAGAAUCCUGGGGUCUGGCUGAACACCUCUCAGCCUCUCUGCAAAGCCUUCAUGGUGACCGAUGAAGAUAUUAGGAAACAGGAGGAGCUGGUGCAGCAGGUGAGGAAGAGGCUGGAGGAAGCCCUGAUGGCUGACAUGCUGGCCCACGUGGAGGAGAUAGCCAGGGAUGGGGAAGCUCCGUCCGAGAAAGAAGGAGGUGAGGAAGAAGGAGAAGAGGAGGAGGAGGAGGAGGAGCAAGACCAUGACCAGGAGAUGGAAAAUGUAUAGUCCAGG